GCGCCACCUACCCAAGCUUGCUCCACUAUAGGAGCGUGAACUCAAGUGAAUUCUGCUUGAACUCAAAUGACUGGCUUCAAAUGCGAAAGAGUGUUCCACCGCUUGAGCCUCGAUGAUGGAACCAGACGGUGGGACGGAGUGCCGGUGCCCUUGGAGCGACAAUGCUUGGAUGCCCUGCUGGCCCGGAUAAGCCGCACCCGAUCGCCCUUUUCCGAGGCCGUCCAACGCAGUCUAACCGACCGACAAGUGCAGUACCUGAUAACCCACCUCAAGGCUCGUCCAGACAUAGACCGGCCCACUGCCUUCCUCAUCUGGCGGUCUUUGUUCUCCGAGCUAUCGGGCGAGACCUUGGAUUUGGCCGAAUUUACGGACAAUCAAUCGCUGAGUCAUGCCAUUUAUGAGCAUAUCACCUCGCUGCCACUCAAAUCGAUUCAGUGUCGGACGUUAUUCUUGUCCGAUGAAGUAGGAUCUGGAUUGAGUAGGUGGCACUUGAAGUUUCAAGCUUUUCUGAAACGCUUUCAAAGCUUACACACCAUCACCGUGUCUAACGAUCUCAUCGACGGCGCUCUCGGUGAUAUCGGCCAGUUUUGCCCAGCCUUGCACAAACUCCGAAUCUACCAAGCUUCCAGAGUAUCCCAUACUUUAGCCAUGGAUGAUGAAGACAUCCUGGAUUUUGUCGGCUACCAAACGGGGAAUAUUCAUUUCCAGCAUCUGGAUUUGAGCUCCUGCCAGUCGGGCUUCUCGGCCGAAAGCAUUUUGUCUCUUCAUCAAUUGCCCAACCUGAUCACGUUGGACACAUUGACUGACCAUUUCCAAACUGUCGAGACUCGUGAGAUCAAGCCUUUCAACUCGCUCCAGACUCUCAAUCUCCGGGCGAAUCAGUUUGUCAAAGCAUGUCUUUCGGUCAUUCCCCAACUUUGUCCGGAUUUGCUCAACUUAAGUCUUCUGCGUAUUAAUGGCGACUCCAUAUCCAGCGAUAAUUGUCAGCCCCAAUAUACUCAUUAUCUACCUGAAUUGCGAGCCCUCGGUCCCAGGUUAAAGCGAUGCCAAGUGAUGCUAUGUUCGGAUGUGGACUUUUUGGCCGAACAAGCUCCGAAACUCGAAACUCUUCAAUUGGUGGAUCCCAAAUUGAAGUUCAGCUUAAAAGCUGGCCAUUUCCGACAAUUGAAUCGCUUAGAGUUGUUCAAGCAUUCGUUUUCCUUGGACUUUGACAUUGUAAGACAAAUCUUGGAGACGUGUUUCCACUUGACUGCCGCGCUUUUUUACGCCAGUGAAGUGAAGAAUAUCACGCACGAUCUCGUGCUCAAGACCUUUCAAAGCCCCAAGAACCAACAUAUUCGGCGGAAUUUGCGGUCGUUCCGCUUGGCUAGUGUUCAUUCUCUAAUGCGGAAUCUCACGUGGGACACGGUGAUUGGGAUUGUGACUGUGUGUCCGAAGUUGGAACACCUGGAUGAUCUCAGCACAUGGUCGGUUACUCGAGAUGGGCGCGGCCAGAAAACUGGAAUAUCAGGGCGGACAUUUCAUUUGGUCCAAGACAAUCAUGCGUCUAAUUGCGAUCAAUCGCUCACUGCCUUGCUGUGGAUGACGGAAAACUACAGAGAUAUUUUGCACCCCUAAUUAUGAUGUGCCAAGAAACGCUUAAGCUUUAAGUUUUAUACCCGAGAAACAGCUGGCCUGCUUAGGAAGCGCAUACAAAUCUACUUGAUAUUAGGAGCUAAAGAUGCCUUGCACUGUUUAGGACAAGCUGGAUGUACGAAGAGAAACAUGUAAGAGAAUAUUAGUCAUUCUAAAAUAAGGUUCGUUAUUCUUGAAACAAAAUCCCUCUAAACAUUAACAUCGACCGAAGGUAAAAGCUUAGUUGCUGUGGCUCCUCAAAUUAAGAUACUCGCCUUCAGCGUUACGAGCUCACCAAAUUUCAAUAAGGACCCUUAUUUGCUACGUCACACGGCCCAAAGACAACCGAAAGACGCACGGUAGAUCGCGUUCAAGGCAAGAGCAGUUUAUUUAGCAAUUUCUUUUCCGGACAUUAUGUGACCCGGGGCAAACAUUUUAAAUAAGAUUUUGAUAGAAUUAGCCAAAAACAACACAAACUCGUUAUAAUUCAAUAAAAAGGAAUUUGCCCAAUCGGCCGUUUAUUUGGCAGAGGCUGAAUGACAAAGCCCUCUCUGAAGUGCAGAGUGUAAAACAUAUUUCGUGCAACGUAAGGGGGCUAUAAUUCCGUACAAGAAUUUGCUUAAAUGCCAAGAAAAUUGCUAAAGAAACAAAAGUGCACUGAAGUUUUUUUAAAGUUUGUGAUAGGGAAGGUCUUCUUCUUGCUUAGUAUUGCCAAACUUUCGAUAGCGAUUGAUGCUCCCCAUUAUAGCAUCCAUGUCCUGGGCAGGAUUUAGCAUGCAAUUUUUCAAUAUAACUUUUUUCAACUACCCUGACAUUUUUCAUGAAUCCCCACCUUCCUUACUUUUCAAGAUUACAAGACCCGGCCAGCCACAGGCAAAAAGGAACAAUGUUAAGUUAUUCUAUGAUUAUGGAAAAUCAUUACGUUGAAAGUUGAAGUUUGGUGGUUCAAUCGAAUGUUUUCAUGUCUAUCCUAAAGACUCGUAUCAGGGUGCCGGUGGCUUCAAUCACAAAGUUCAUCAAAGAACUCAGAAUCAGAGGGGAGAAGAAAUGCAACAUCAUAAUCAAAGGUUUGCCAGAGGAAAAUGGAUGUACUCCUGAUGUUUGGAAAGAAUCAGAUCUGAAACAAAUAAAGAACCUGAUGAAGU